UGCUGCUGUCAGUAGUCCAAGGUGCUGUGGGAGUUGGCGGACAGUCCAAACCAGUCCUCCCAUCGAACUCUAAUAACCAGAAACGAACGUGAUGACGUAACGAAAGGGGGCGUCGUGUUCUCCCACUGUUUGUUGCUGCUGUGUGUUUAAGACUACCCUGGUCUAGUAAGGUAGUCCUUUUGAAACGACGACAACAAAGCACACUCAAACAGAAGCUGACACAGCUUCGCAUUGCAUGUUUCCAAGACGGGGUGACAUCAGGAAACAGAUCAGUCUGAAGGUGGAGAGGGGCUGUAAGCAGACCCAUGGCUGCCGCGCUUCACCCAGAGUGCCCCCUCAGGGACUCGCUUUCCUGGGAUGAAACGGACUGUCUGAACUACUACGGGAUGUUGUCCCUCCAUCAGGUCUUUGAAGUAGUUGGUUGUCAGCUGACAGAGACUGACAUUGAAGUGUUGUCAUUCCUUCUGGAUGAAACCUGUCCUGCGACACACAUUCUUGACCCAGCAGAUUGGACAGUUGAGCCCUGUGGAAACGACCCAGAUGACUUGGGCGUUUCCCCGAGUCCUGAGCUGUUAAAGGCCUGGAUGCGGUUACAGCCUCAGGGCUCCCAGCGUCCCUUGAAGGCCUCAUUUAAGCCCAAGAGCGGUCUUGAGCUGUUGUUGGAGCUGGAGAGGCGGGGGUACCUCAGCGAUGGCAACCUGGAGCCACUACUGCAACUACUUAGAGUCCUCACUCGUCACGACCUGCUGCCUUUAGUGUCCCAUAAAAGAAGGAGGACAGUAUCUCCAGAGAGAAUUGAACAGAGGUAUGGAAUAGGGAACAGACAGUUGGUGCGCGUCUCUGGAAUGCUGCAAAGCAACAGACAGACAGAAACACUUCUUCCAUAUUUCGCACAGCAAUUGAGAACUGGUAAUAAUCCUUCUAUGCCUGAGACAUCUGCUAGGAGGAGGAGGAAGAAGAGGGGAAAUGGCUGGAGCCGCAGGCCCAAGAAAACAAGCAGACAGGGCCCUCCACUGCCUCCACUACCACCACCACCACGACUGCACAAAGCGUACUGCAAUGUCCGCCUUCGUGUCCGGGCCGAAUACCUGGAUCAUGAUUCGGCCCUCCGUAACGGUGUCUCAUCGGACAAACUGCAGCCCCUGGAGCGGCAGUUUGAGUUGUUCAGCAGAGCCAACUCGCUGCUUCUUAACAGAGACCUGGGUUCCAUCGUCUGCGAAAUCAAAUUCACAGAUCUGGAAAACCUCGAGGCCUUCUGGGGUGACUACCUGAGCGGAGCCCUGCUGGAGGCCCUGAAGGGAGUCUUCAUCACUGACUCCCUGAGGAUGGCAGCAGGCAGAGAGGGCGUUCGCCUGCUGAUCAGUGUGGACCAGGAUGACUAUGAGGAGGGCCGACUGCGGCUGAGAGCUAGGAGAAUGUCGUUAUCUAGUAAUGGUUGGCGCUCAGAGACUCCCUGGGCCGUAUAGGCUGAUAAGACUCUUUGGGGUGUAGUAUAUUCACUUUGCAGAAUGGAGUAGUUGUUAAUCUUAUUGAAGGUUAUGGUAACUUGGUAAGGCCUCCUUUUGUAGUGCAAUUAAUAUAAUAACCACUAGAUGGCAGCUCUCACCAUUGGUUGUUUAUGUUCAUAGCUGGCCUUACUCUUUCAGAAUUGUCUGUUUUUCGGUGAAAUGUAACCUUUUUUUGUGAAAGAAAACUGAAUGAUAACCAAUCAAUGUGCUUUCCCUUGGGAUUCAUGCACUGGUGCUAUUGUGUAGGACAACAGGAUGAAACAGGAUGUAUCAAGAUUUUUCUUCUCAGUCUCAGUGAGAACAGCAGAAAGCAAGUCUGUGCCAAAAGAAAUGGUGAGCUCCUCAUAACAUUAUCAAUCUUAAAUAGAUAAGGUUAAGACAACUGAUGCGCCACAAGUGAUAGAAAAUAACUCAAUAACUACAUAGUGUUGACACCUUUGCGUGGCUACAGUCAAGCUUGGAGACUACACACACACAGACAUGCAUGGACACAGAUUAAAUGGGCUGCAGUCGAAACUUGUCAUCAAGCAUUUGUCCACAUUUUUGUCAACAUUUAUGCGUAGAUGGCGGGCUUUCAGAUUCCAAAACGGCUCUUGAAGCUCUCAAAGAAAGCAGACCCUGUUACCCAACUAAACAUGCUUCACUGUUUGGUAUUCAUUAGUUGGUUGAACCUGCAGAAUAAUUCAAAUAUUAACUGGCACUUUUUCUUUAUGAAGCAUGUGAAGAAAAGUUUCUUUGUCGUUUUAGUAUGUGAGAGAACUGAGCCCAGAUGGAAAAGUGGACUUCUCUCAGUACAGAUUGACCUUUGUGUCCAACUUUGGAGAGCCUAUAGCCCACGCAUAUACACCUAGAUAACAAACACUGGGAUCCUCGGCACUGUGUGCCACGAUAACCCGGCUUGUGAUUGCCGUGGUCAGUGGAUACGGCAGUUGCCAGUAGAUGACAGCAGUGAUUAGGGCUAGGCCUCAGCAGACCAUGGAAGAUUCAUCAUCCCAAGCUUGUCAACAGCCGCCCGGAUAAUACAAUGGUGGCUUGUGUCCGGGCUUCCAGCUAGGCCUCAGCAAGUGCUUCUCUCAGCAAGUAAAGCACAGGACAGUGCGUCGGUCAAUAGAAGUGAUGUUGGGGAGAUCAAAAUCAAAAGUGCACAUCCCAGCUCCACUCAGCCCUGCUAUGUAGGCCCAGUAGAGUGGCUCACGGACAGCUGUCUACUCACCCUGCUGGAACUAAUGCCUGGACUUCGCUCAUAGAAGACGAUCAAUAAGGCCCCUCCUGUAAGUCCCCCCCCCAUACAGGCACGACUUAAGCAGGCAGACUUGCUACUGUCUGAAGUGUAGGGCUCUCUGAAGGGCCAGGCAGAGGGAGGGAUGAUGUCUUAUUAUCAUUAAUAUUAUUACUAUUAUUAUCAUUAUUAUUAUUGAUAUUAUUAUUGCUAUGAUUGUAUUAUUCAUAGGAGCAAAAAGAAUAUUCUAAUUCAGGGGAACAUUUUUAUUUAAAGAACAAUUUGUUUUGGUAUGCCAAUUCUGUUUGUGGAAAUCUUUAUAUAUGAGAUAUUA